CAUGUGCCCACCCCUGACCCGUCCUGUGUCCAGGAGCCGUGUCCGUGUGUCCCCCUGUCCGUGUGCCCACCCCUGACCCCCCUCUCUCCCCGCAGCGAGGAGAAGGCCGAGGAGAACCUGCAGCGGCCGCCCAAGGCCAAGAAGGUGAAGAAGGAGCGGAAGGAGCCGGAGCCGGCGCAGCCCGCGGCCGAGCCCGCCGAGGCCGGCAAGGCCGAGAGCUCGGAGGGGGCCGGGGCGGCCCCCGCGGCCCCUGAGGCGUCGGCGUCGCCCAAGCAGCGCCGCUCCAUCAUCCGCGACCGCGGGCCCAUGUACGACGACCCCACGCUGCCCGAGGGCUGGACCCGCAAGCUCAAGCAGCGCAAGUCGGGGCGCUCGGCCGGCAAGUACGACGUCUACCUGAUCAACCCGCAGGGAAAAGCCUUCCGCUCCAAGGUGGAGCUGAUCGCCUACUUCGAGAAGGUGGGGGACACGUCGCUGGACCCCAACGACUUCGACUUCACGGUGACGGGGCGCGGGAGCCCCUCGCGCCGCGAGCAGCGACCCCCCAAGAAACCCAAAUCGCCCAAGGGCCCCGGGACGGGCCGCGGCCGGGGGCGGCCCAAGGGCAGCGGCGGCUCCCGGCCCAAGGCGGCGGCGGCGGCGGCGGCUCCGGCGGCCGAAGGGGGGGGCGGCCCGGCCAAGCGGGCGCUGGAGAAGCCCCCCGGGAAGCUGCUGGUGAAGAUGCCGUUCUCGCCGGGGCAGCCGGGCCCCGACUUGAGCGGGACGGGGUGCGCGGAGCAGAGGGGGGGCCCCGCGGCCCCCGACGGCUGCGCCAAGGAGCCCCCUAAGACUCAGCCCCCCCCGCCGCCACCGCCGCCCCCCCCGGCGCCCUACAAACACCGAGGGGAGCCCGAGCACAAAGACUCUGCCUCCUCCUCGCGGCCCCCCCCGGCCCGCGACGAGCCCGUCGACACGCGGACGCCUGUGCCCGAGCGGGUCAGCUGACUGUGACGUCGCCGCACGGACGGACGGACCG